AUGGGUGGAGGAUGUUGCGAUGUAGGAUUCGGAUGUACAGUUCUUAGUGGAACGAAUUAUUGCGCCGCAACCACCGGUACAUUAUCUGCUAUUCGUACAGGUAGUAAUGGAAUAAUGGCCACGGGUACCUCAAAUUCCACAUCCACUUCUCAUGGUCUAUCCACAGGUGCCAAAGCCGGAAUCGGCGUCGGAGUAUCAAUUCUCGCACUAGCAAGUAUAGGAGCUUGUAUAUAUUUCUUCACCAUCCACCGCCGACGUUCCCUUCAACCAAGAACAUCUUCAAACCCCAAUGCCGAUAUACCUCCAGCCAUGUCCCAAUUCUCUGGCUCGCAUUUAUCUCAUACCGCUGCCUCGAAAGCAGGUUCCAAGACAUCAAAACCAUCUCGAAAUAUGAGAAAAGAUUCUGAUUAUUUUGGUGCAACAGCGCCAAGUGGACCUUUUACCGAGGGAACUAUAGAUGCGACGACGAGUCCUGGGUAUGCGUAUGGUCAUGUAAAUCAUAGGGGUGUACCGGCGACACCGCAGAGUCCGAGUGAUAUUGCCGCACCGGUGGAGAUUGGAGGGAGGGAAAGAGAGAUGGAGAAAAGUGAGAGUAUGGUUACGACGCCUGGGGAGGGGUGGGAGUAUGUUAAAGACGGGAAGUUUAGGGAGGGAAUUACUGAGUUGGAGUGA